GCUGAUCAUUUCUCUCACUCUUCUUUGUUAACGCCCAAAUGGCUCCGCCAGCGGCAGCCCGGCUCCAGGCAGAGAAGCAGCAGCAGGGUCCAGCUGUUGCAGGAGCACGGGGCUGCCCGGAGAUGCUGCAGGCAGAUGUUGCAGACAAACGCAGUGCGCGUCUUGUGGCGAGCGGCCUGUGCAAGCAGGCAGUUCCCCCGGGCAGAGGCGGCCGGCGGGCGCCUGCUGCACGCACGAUGCCUCCCCUGUGUGUGCGCACACGCUGCAGAAGCAGACCCAGAUGGCUCUGAGACUCGCCGUGACAAGGCUGCUGAGAUGCAGCAGCUGCCGCGUGGUGGGGGUAGGCGCCAUCCGGCCCCAGGGCACCAUAGCAGCACAGAAAGAAAAAGAAACGAAGGCCCGAGAGAAGCCCCUGAAAGCCCCGGGAGCCCAGUUCGACUGGCGAGAUCCCCUGCAGCUGGAGAGGCAGCUAACCCAGGAGGAGCUCAUGAUCCGGGAUUCCUUCCGCACCUACUGCCAGGGGAAGCUGAUGCCACGAAUUGUCAUGGCCAACCGAAAUGAAGUCUUUCACCGGGACAUCGUGUCGGAGCUGGGGGAGCUGGGAGUCCUGGGCUCCACCAUCAAAGGUUAUGGCUGUGCCGGAACUACCUACGUGGCCUACGGUCUGCUGGCUCGGGAGAUCGAGCGAGUGGACAGCAGCUACCGUUCGGUCUUGAGCGUCCAGUCGUCCCUGGUGAUGCACCCCAUCAACGCCUACGGCACGGAGCAGCAGAAGCAGAAAUACCUGCCCCGUCUGGCCACAGGGGAGCUGCUGGGCUGCUUUGGGCUGACCGAGCCCAACCACGGCAGCGACCCCGGGGGCAUGGAGACCAGGGCUCGCUACCACCCGGCCAGCAAGACCUACACGCUCAACGGCUCCAAGACCUGGAUCACCAACUCCCCGCUGGCAGAUCUCUGCGUGGUGUGGGCCGUGUGUGAGGACGGGAGGAUCCGGGGCUUCCUCCUGGAGAGGGGGAUGAAGGGCCUGUCGACCCCCAAGAUCGAGGGCAAGUUCUCCCUGCGGGCCUCCACCACCGGCAUGAUCCUGAUGGAGGACGUGGAAGUGCCGGAGGAGAACCUGCUGCCGCAUGUCUCCGGGCUCGCGGGUCCGUUUGGCUGUCUGAACAACGCCAGGUAUGGCAUUGCCUGGGGAGCACUCGGAGCUGCUGAAUUCUGCUUGGAGACAGCCAGGCAGUAUGCCUUGGACAGGAUCCAGUUUGGGGUGCCACUGGCUAGGAACCAGCUGGUCCAGAAGAAGCUGGCUGAUAUGCUCACCGAAAUCACCAUUGGCUUACAAGCUUGCCUGCAGCUGGGGAGGCUAAAGGAUGAAGACAAGGCUGCCCCCGAGAUGAUCUCCAUGCUGAAGCGGAACUCCUGCGGCAAAGCACUGGAUAUUGCCCGCCAGGCCCGGGACAUGCUGGGGGGCAACGGCAUUGCCGACGAAUACCACGUCAUCCGGCAUGUCAUGAACCUGGAGGCCGUGAACACCUAUGAAGGCACGCAUGAUAUCCACGCUCUCAUCCUUGGCAGAGCAAUCACCGGACUUCAGUCUUUCACCGUUGGCAAAUAAAUCCAGUAUGGAGGAGGCCUAAAUCACCUUCACAACAGCCUUGAAUUCACUACGUCGGAAGAAUGAUUGAUUUGU